AUGGAUUCAUCACAAAGUCCAUCUGUUGGGGGGAAUGGGACACCAAUCUCUCAAACUAACAAUACUGCAGCUUCUGCGGCAGGAGCUGAUGAUUCUAUGCAAAACCUGAAGCAGAUCAACAAGUCCAUUGAGAAAACCUUGGGCCUUAUCCAUCAGCUUACCCUUACUGUCUCUAACUUCAGUGCUGCGUUGCAAAUGCCACUCCUCCAACGCAUCAAUGGUCUUGUUGCAGAGCUUGACCACAUGGUCAAAUUGGCCGAAAAUUGCAACAUUGAGGUUCCUAUGGAGGUGGUAAAUUUAAUUGAUGAUGGGAAGAAUCCAGAUGAGUUUACCAGAGAUGUUAUAAACAACUGUAUUGCAAAGAAUCAGAUCACAAAAGGAAAAACUGAUGCUUUUAAGAAUUUGCGCAAGCAUCUAUUUGAGGAAUUGGAGCAAAACUUCCCUGAUGAGGUUGAGACAUUUAGAGAAAGUCGUGCUGCGUCUGCUGCAGAGUUGAAGCGUUUGGUGGAGGCACAAAGCGUAUUGCCCAAUGGAGAUUUGAGAGUUAAACUAGAACAUUAA